UGGGGGCGGGGGGCAUCAAUGGGACAAGGGUUGCUGUGGUAACUGUAACCUAACGUAACGUCCGUUGAUUUAAAAACCCUGCAGGUAACUAACUGCCACGUCCCGUCGAGAGAAAGAAGAUGGAGUUAGGGACGACGGAGACUGUACGCUCGCCACCGAGCCGCCACGAGAAAAGUUUGGGGCUCCUCACGAUGAAGUUUGUCAGUCUGCUUCAAGAAGCUAAGGAUGGCGUCCUUGAUUUGAAAGUGGCUGCGGACAGCUUGGCAGUGAAGCAGAAGAGGAGGAUAUACGACAUCACAAACGUACUAGAAGGAGUGGGGUUAAUUGAGAAGAAAAACAAGAACAUAAUCCAGUGGAGGGGAGAGAGCUCGGGCAGCCAAACUCAGGAGGUAGUAGGUCAGGUGAAGGUUUUGAAGGCCCAAAUCUCUGAGCUGGAGGCCCAAGAGAAAGAGCUGGACAACCAGAGGGCAUGGCUAGAGGAGAACAUCAAACACCUUAACCAGGAUCCCAUCACCAGCACUUAUAAGUUUGUCACACAUGAAGACAUCUGCAGUGCCUUCAGUGGAGACACUCUUCUUGCUGUAGUGGCUCCUGCUGGGACACAGCUGGAGGUACCGCUACCUGAAAUGGGCCAGUGUGAUCAGAAGAAGUACCAGGUGAACCUACGCAGCCACUCAGCUCCCAUCCAGGUCAUGCUCAUCAACAGGGAUUCAGACUCCACAAUACCCGUGGUCUUCUCUGUGCCGCCCACUGAUGACAUCUGUCCAAUGCCUACUCCACCCAGCACCCCCGCUAGCCUGCAGAGGUUCCCACUCUCGACGUCCAUGUACUCCACUUCCAACACCACCACCACCACCUCCUACUGCAGCCAGGACUCUCUCUGCUCAGACCACCAGAUGGUGUUGCCAGAACAUGAUGAAGCACUAACGCCAUCAUCCAGCCCUCCUGAUGUACAGAUGGAGUGCCACAAUCAGUCAGCAGCUGUGUUGGAGCAGCAGCAGAUGGACCUGGCGGGCCCAGAGUUCCAGUCUGUGCUGGACGUGAGCAGCCUGCUGAAGCUCAGUGUUGCUGGAGACCACAUGAAAGACGACAGAGAGGGAGCUGUUGACCUGAUUGAUGAGCUAAUGUCUACUGAUGGUAUAGAUUACAACUUCAACCUGGAUGACAAUGAGGGAGUGUGUGACCUGUUUGAUGUGCAGAUCCUCAAUUAUUGAUGGCAAACAUCGCCUCUGUUUGCUUAUACAAUCCCUCUCUAAAGAUCCUUCAGACAUACCUCUUGAAAUUUUUGUUGUUCACAGUUUUUGUUAACUGCACAGCUGGUGCUUAAACAUACCAUCUUUCAAAAAAAAUAUUACACACAUUAGAUUUCACUACUGUCUGCCAGAAGACUUCACUUUACUAUACUGGCCUUUUGCCCUCUGCCUGCACAAAACAAAGUGCCUGAUUUAAACUACUGUAAGAUAUUUAUUGUAACUGAGUCCAUUGGGGGUUUACUGGGUAAAUAUCAAUCUCAUUCCAGAGAAAUGAGGUGUGUUAGUGGAAGAAAGCCAGGACAAAUCCUUCAGCCUCUCACUGCACUUCUGUGUGUUUUGUAUCUUUGUAUUUUUCCACAUCCAGUGGAAAGCCUGAGACUUGAAGACAACCUCUUUACUUUCACUUGGGAUUGUGACAGUGUUUUGCUUUAGUGGAUAUUUACUUUAACGUAACAAUUAAGUAUUGGAUUCUUUCUAACAUUUGAUACAGGGUUCAUGACGUAGUUCAGGGUAUGUAAGUAACUUUCUUUACAUGGAAAGCAUAUUUUGUGGAAACCUAACCAAUUCCAUAGUCGUAUUUCAUGAAAUGGCAUAUUGUAUUUAAUGAGUGAAUGUUUUUGUUACAUUUUGUAACCUCGUUCUCAUGUAAAAAUGCCACAAAAUUUUCUCUUCUAAAUUAUUGUGACACUGCCGUUUUAGGCCUCUUGAGUUUUGUUUUAAAAAAGUCUUUAUAAUUAUAUUGUAUAUUUAAAUAACUAAUAUUUUGUACUUAAUUUAAGAAAAAAUAAUAAUUCUUGGUUCUAGUUUGUUUAAACUGAGACUGGUUAACUGCCUUAAUCGUAAUUUAAAAAGUGAAUUAGCCAUAUUUUUUCAUAUCUGAAAUAUCAGAUGCUAAAGAGCCUUAAGUGGAAUGUUUGGUAUUUUUAGUGUUCUUUGAUUACAA